UAUCCAUCAAAAAGCAAACCUGAAUCUCUUUCAUCAAAUCUAUCCCUGUGAAAAAUCAGGCCUUUUUAAAAAAUCAAACCCCAAAAAAGAAAUGGGUCCUGGACUUUACUCUGAAAUUGGGAAAAAAGCUAGAGAUCUUCUGUAUAGGGAUUACCAGACUGAUCAGAAGUUUGUUCUUACAACCUGCACACCAACAGGAGUGACAGUUACAACAACUGGGGCAAAGAUAGGAGACCUCUUUGUAGCUGAUCUGAGCACUCAGCUUAGAAAGAAGAACAUUACCACAGAUAUCAAAGUUGACAUAAACUCCAAUCUCUUUGCUACCAUGACGGUUGAUGAACCAGCGCCUGGGGCGAAGGCCAUACUUAGCUAUGCAAUUCCUGAUCAAAGAUCCCCAAAGGCAGAGCUUCAGUUCUUACAUGAGUAUGUAGGGGUCACAACGAGCGUCGGCUUGACGGCAAACCCUAUGGUGAAUUUCAGUACCACUGUAGGGACUGGAGAAUUUGCCUUCGGUACUGAUGUCUCUUUCGACUCGGCCACUGGGGCCUUCACCAAGUGUAAUGUAGGCCUAAGCUUCUCUCAAGCAGAUAUAAUUGCCUCACUGAACUUGAACAAUAAGGGAGAUACACUGAUAGCCUCAUACUUUCACACUGUGAACCCCCUCAAAAACACAGCAGUUGGAGCUGAGCUCUCACAUACUUUCUCUAAAAGUGACGAUACCCUAACCUUGGGCAUGAUGCAGGCCUUCGACCCACUAACCACAUUUAAAGCAAAAAUCAACAACUAUGGCAAAGCGAGUGCACUGAUUCAACAUGGAUGGAGGCCAAAGUCACUUAUGACCAUCUCUGUCGAGGCUGAUGCAGGAGCCAUUGAAAAGACCACAAAGGUCGGGCUCGCCAUGGUCCUUAGACCAUGAAAGUCUAUGUAGAGGCUGAUGCAGGAGCCAUUGAAAACAGUACGAUGGUCAGGCUUGCAGUGGUCCUUAGACCAUGAAUGUCAUUUGAGUUUUUCUCCAUAGUUUUUGAAGAUUGUAACAAGGGAAUGUAGCUUGAGCUUUCUUGCCUUUUUGUGCUUGGGGUUCCUGUAUCCUUUUCUCUCAUAUUUGAUUAUGUAAGGAAUAAUUUCUGGUUAUUCCUAGGAUGCUCCAAUUUUGUUACUGGCUAAUGCUUCUUCCAA